AUUUAAAAACUUAUUUCUAGGUUAAGGGGACGGCCUGGGAGUUUUGAAUAAUUCUCAGUCUUUGCCGAUUGCACUGGAACCAAAUUGCCAGCCUCCCGCCGGCAUCUGGGCGCCGGAGAAAUCAUUCCGUCCACCCUUUGCGACCAAAACCCACUGUUAGCUACUGAUUUUCUCCCUUGCUGGUGCGUGUUCGUUGUGCUCUUUGUCUAUCUUCAUAGCUUCAUCACUGCCGCUUUCAACUCUGUUACUGUCGUCGCUUCUCCGUCGUUCAGCCGCCGUCAUCAACCUCUGCCGUUCAUCCCUUGUCACUGCAGCUACUCCUUGUAACUAUACGCCUCGUUCUGUAAGUGUUACUGUGAAUCUCCCUCCAACUUUAGUGUCAAUGGAAGUCAAAGUGUCGAGUUCCCCAACAACCUUCAUAGAUAAAAUAGUGGUUCCGGGAGAUGUGGUGCUUGAUCUCUCAAACUUAACAAACCAGACCAUCAAGCUUGGUGGUGGCCUCCGUCAGGAUUGUGAUUCUAUUUCUGUUAUGAGGGCUGGAAAACUGAAGUUCUCAAAGCCAAACAAAUAUUGGGUUGAAAGCUCUCAGAAAAGGUAUGUGCCCUCUGUGGAGGAUACUGUUCUUGGGAUUGUGGUAGACUCAAAAGCAGAUAACUUCCUUGUGGACAUUAAAGGACCUGCGAUAGCUUUCUUGCCUGUGCUUGCUUUUGAAGGAGGAACCAGGAGGAACAUACCAAAGUUUGAGGUAGGUUCUCUUCUUUAUGUUCGGGUUGUGAAGGCAAACCCUGGCAUGAAUCCUGAGCUGUCCUGCACUGAUGCCAGUGGGAAAGCAGCAGAAUUUGGCCUCCUUAAAGAUGGCUACAUGUUUGAAACUUCAACUGGUCUUUCAAGAAUGUUGCUGAGCUCACCAACAUGUCCAGUUCUUGAAGCUCUUGGGAAGCAACUCUCAUUCGAGAUAGCAGUGGGCUUGAAUGGGAGGGUUUGGGUGAACGCUGCCACUCCAUCUACUGUGGUUGUUGUUAGUAAUGCAAUCAUAAACUCGGAAUCUUUGAGUGGGGUGCAGCAGAAAAUUAUGGUGGAGAAAUUACUCCAGAGAAUUAUGUGAUGAUUUUCUGGUUGUUAAUACAAAAAAGGAGAAAGCUUUAUUGCUGGUGGAUCUUGAGGAUGUAACUGCAUGGGAGGAGACAGACCAAAAUCCAUUGCCACCCAAGGGAUGGAGGGAAUUUUGGCCUCUUUUGUCUGAGAAUCACAUGAGAUAAGUGAAUCAGGUUUUCACUUGAAGUAUGUGUAACACAAUUUAUUGCUUUUUCUGCAAAUGUUAAUGUUUUGUCUAGCAAGUUCCAUUCCAAAAGAAGUCACCUCCUUUUCUUUGUCAUCAUAGUCUUUUUGUGAUUUUAUUGAUACCUUAGAUUCGUUAAAUCAUAAAUAAAUCUCAUUGGUUUGUCCAAAA